AUGAUUCGGAGGUUUGGGGCAGGACGACUUGGAGUAUUAAAACAGCACUGGAAAUUUGCUCUGAUUAUGUUACUUAAUCAUAUAGAGAAAGUAGCCGAAAAAGGACAUAUUGAAUCAAUAUAUAAUCUUGGAAUUGGUUAUCGAUAUGGAAUAGGAACUGAAACAAAUGUACUUAAAUCAUAUAACAAAGCAGCAGAGAAAUCUAAGAUUAUGUAA